AUGCUGAUCCCGUUCAUUCUAGACGCUGUACCCCAGUCUCUGGCCACCCUCCUCGAACAUGCUGAAGCGUCUACUGCCGAUGGCCGUCCCACCAAGCGGCGCAAGGUUACCAAGCCAGGCAAAAAUAGUCUGAGACAAAGCAAUGGGAUCUCGGCCACGGGAAUCACUUUGGGCUACAUUCCAUUAGCGCGGUUGGCAUUGCGCCUGAAUUUCUCCCACCCCGCUCCGUCCAAAAGUAAAAAUGAUGAUCGCGCUUCCUCAAACUCGCUCAGCUGGGUUCCUGUCUUCAUAGAAGCCAGAGGUAAUCGGCCACUUGAUAACCCCCAGGACAAUGCCUCCGAGCACGAUACUUUCGAUCGCGAAACAUAUUUGCUGGAACUGAGAACAGCAGAUGAAGAAAAAAGAGAGGUCUUCUCGCACAAAUUUGAGGACCCGCGGCUAUUUGGUAUACUCGAACAACUCAAGCAUGCCAGUGCACUCGCCUCCGCAGAUCGGCAUUAUAGCCGUGUCCCGGCUGUAUGUUAUCAGUCCACACUAUUCCCACUUUCAGACAAGAAAUGUUUCAACCUUGAGACAGUUGUUCUUUGGAAAGAUUCUCUCGAGAUUCCCGAUCUAGCUCAUCUACAAGAUUCGGCUUUAGAAGUCUUCACAAAAUACGUACUGCAGGAGAGUCUUGAUCGCCCAUCUGGUAUUUCUCAGCAGCAUGAACGCCGGGAGAAAAUGCUGGGUUAUUUUCGAGCCUGGUCCCCUCGACAAUUCUACGAUAGCGUUCAUGUCCCCACGAACACGGAAGAAGCCUCGGCACACUUCAAAUGCCCCGGUCUGGAUUGUGAGCUUUUCCCCUUUCAAAGAAGAGCCGUUCGAUGGCUAUUGCAAAGAGAAGGAAUGGAAAUCCAGCAAGAUGGAAGAGUGGUUCCUGUUCAGAAGUCCUUGAAAAAUGGCAUUCCGGCAUCUUUCAAAGAAAUGAAAGAUGCCGAUGGCCGCACGUGCUACUUCAGUCAUCUUUUCAUGACGGUCACCACGGAUAUCUCUCAAUGGUAUGAUGCUGCAAAUUAUCUAAAGGGUGGGAUUCUUGCAGAAGAAAUGGGGCUGGGCAAAACGGUUGAGAUGAUCACCUUGAUGAGUAUGAACCGUCGACCAUCUGUGGAGCCCGCACUCAAGCCCGACUUUGACGGAUUGAGAUUGUCUGGUGCUACGUUGAUUAUAACACCCCCUGCAAUUCUCGAGCAAUGGAAGCAGGAGCUGGAACAACAUGCCCCAGCCCUGCGUGUCCACCAUUAUACUGGCAUCAAGCGUGGACAAGAGCAGUCGGAUGACAUGAUUGUGGGAGAGAUUGCUGAUUUCGAUGUUGUUCUCACCACUUAUCAUGUCAUCUCUCGAGAGAUUCACUACGCGGGUGCCGCCCCGAAACGAAGUCUCCGCCAUGAGAAGAGAUUUGAGCCAAGGAAGACACCCUUAGUUCGCAUCUCUUGGUGGCGCGUGUGUCUGGAUGAAGCCCAGAUGAUUGAGAACGGAGUUAGCAAUGCAGCCAAGGUGGCACGUUUAAUCCCUCGACACAAUGCCUGGGCUGUGACUGGGACACCGCUUCGCAGAAACAUAGACGAUCUUUUCGGUCUUUUGCUCUUUCUACAUUAUGGGCCAUUCUGUUACUCCAAUCCUCUGUGGAAAAGAUUGUAUUCGCGUUUUGGGCCGGUGUUGGUGAACAUUAUCAGUACCAUUGCUCUUCGGCAUAGCAAAGAUCGAGUGCGCGAUGAACUUCGGCUGCCCCCACAGAAGCGCGUUGUGAUAACAACUCCAUUCACUGCUGUGGAAGAGCAGCACUAUGGACAACUGUUCGAGGAAAUGUGUGAGCAAUGCGGACUUGCUGCAUCAGGUGCGCCUCUUCGGGGCGAUUGGGAUCCAGAAGACCCCGGCACUGUCGAGAGAAUGCGGACUUGGUUGACGAGGCUCCGUCAGACCUGUCUUCAUCCCGAGGUCAGUGGAAGCAAUCGUCGUGCGUUGGGGGCAGGCAAUGGCCCAUUACGCACUGUGGACGAGGUUCUGGAAGUCAUGAUCGAGUCCACCGAGACAGCCAUCCGCACUGAAGAGCGGGCAUUUCUACUAUCUCAACUGCGACGCGGUCAACUGCUGGAGAAUGCGAAGCGCCGCCAAGAGGCUCUCGCCCUUUGGCAGAGAGCAUUAGAUCAUGCUACAGAACUGGUUGAAGACAGCAGGCAGCAAUUGCGCAUUCAACGCCUUAAGACUCGGGGCGAUGCUGUGGAUGCCGGUGCUGCAGAUGCCGAUGCAGACGCCACAGAUAUAAACGAUUUGAGCGAUGACGAGACCGAAGAAGUAGACAAGAAUAGUCGCAUCGGCCAGUGUCGCCUGAAGCUACGGGCUGCCCUCGAGGUCCAGCACAUUGCUGUGUUCUUCACGGCCAAUGCAUUCUACCAGAUUAAGACCGACCCAAAGCUCACCGAUGCCGAGUCUGACGAGUUCAAGGCCCUUGAGAAAAGGGAAGAGGAUGGUUACGAGGCCGCGAAACUGAUUCGUAAGGAGAUGUUGACCGACAUCUCUCGAAAAGUUGAGCGCUACAUGAAAACCAUCAAGGAAAAGACGCAAAGCAAGCAAUUCGUGCAAAUUCCGAAAAUGAAGCCCUAUCUCUACAGCAGAGGACUUGAGUCCUACCGUCUUCUCAACAAGUUUGAAGACCUUUGUACCGCGCUGAACGAACAUGCCACGAAGUACAAGGAAUGGCGUGACGUGAUGAUCAAGCUGGUUUCGCAAUCCCUGAUUGAUCAGGAGGAGGAUGCAGAGCUGGAAGGCAAUGAAUAUGAACGGUCGACCAAACAUCAAGAUGAGAUGUAUGUCUAUAUGGAGGCUCUGCGCUCCAUGUAUGCUGAUCGGCAUGAUGCUCUUACUGGCCAAAAGAACAUUCUGAUCUCUCACGAAGUCAAAGCUGGUAUCAUUCAGGCCCAGAAGGGCGAGGGCCCUUCUCCAUCACUCUUCCUUUCAAUCAUGAAUACCCGCAGUGAACUUAUGCCUGAUGCUCAGCUUGGGUCACUCCGUGGGAUUGUGACUGAACUACGCAGCCUUGCCACAUCGCUUGAGUGGCAAGCUAGCGGAGGAAGCUCACGCGCCCAGGCUGAGCUUGAGAUGGUGUCGUUGGUUUUAAAGAAUGCUGGUCAAAUAAGCGCGGAGCAGUUGAAGGCUUCAGCCAACCUGGAGAGAGAGGUUGAGAUGUUCCGCGACACGAUGAACAACCGACUCGAGUAUUAUCGUCAUCUGCAGCAAAUCUCGGACACGGUCGCACCAUACGAUGAGGAAAGCGCUGGCAAGCCCUUGAAUGAUGCGCUUUUUGCUUCCAAGCUCAAGCAAGAGGAAGCUCUUGAUGGGAAAAUAUCCUCUUUGAAAUCCAAAAGACGGUAUCUUAUUCAUCUGAGAGAUGAUUCCGGGUCAGAAAAUAGUUCAAGGAUUUGCAUCAUCUGCCAGUCGAGCUUUGAAGUUGGUCUUUUGACCGUGUGUGGCCACAAGUACUGUAAAGACUGCCUGGAGAUGUGGUGGCGUCAACACCGAACUUGUCCGAUGUGCAAGAAGCCCCUGAAGCUGAACGACUUUCACCAGAUUACAUACAAGCCACAGCAGCUGGUUGCUCAAGAAGAAGAGCAACCAGUCAAACUCGACCAUGAGAAGCAUUCCCAGAAUGCUCUUUACAGUGACAUCAGUUCGGGGGUGCUCCGGGAAAUCAAAAACAUACAGCUCAAUGGCUCCUUCGGAACCAAGAUCGAUACUCUGGCACGCCACGUUAUGUGGCUUCGAGAGCAUGAUCCUGGAGCCAAGUCCAUUGUCUUUUCUCAGUACAGAAGCUUUUUGGCUGUCUUACAAAGGGCAUUCUCUCGCUUUGGGGUCGUGAGUUGCAGUGUCGAUACCGCAGGUGGCAUUGAACGGUUCAAGAACAACCCAGCGAUUGAGUGCUUUUUACUGCACGGCAAAGCCCAGUCGUCCGGUUUGACUUUGAUCCACGCAACCCAUGUUUUCCUGUGUGAGCCCUUAAUCAACACCGCGAUUGAGCUGCAGGCAAUUGCCCGAGUGCAUCGAAUUGGCCAGCAUCGCCCAACUACCGUGUGGAUGUAUCUAGUGUCUGGCACGGUGGAAGAGUCCAUUUAUGAGCUGUCGGUUGCUCGCCGACUUGCUCACAUCAUCGAGAAAGAGAAGCAAGAUAAAAGAAUACAAUCGGCAGGUCCUCCGGGUGAUGAAGCCGUGAUCAAUGGUCUUACCGAAACUGCUAUCGACUCGGCCAAUUCAAUGGAAAUCCAGGACGCAACCCUCACAAAUUUGAUGGCGAGUGGCUCAUCGGGUGGAGAACUGGUGAAACAGGAUGACUUAUGGCAGUGUCUCUUUGGACACACCGUCCAGAAAGAUGACGGUCGAUCGACCGAGGCCGAGAGGGAGGUGGGCAGAUUCUUGAGGGGGGAGGCUGCCGAGCAACGAAGAGAGUGA